AUUUUUGGAAAGGAUCAUGUAACAGAGUGGAGGUACUACUGCUGGUUAAGAGAAGCUCGAGGGAGAGGGACACUAGAGCCGAGAAAAAGGGAAGAAACCACCAUCAUCCUGUGUCCUUCCGUCUUUGAGUUCGUCUCCAUCCUUUCCCUGUUGUAAGCCUCCCUUUCCCUGGUCCAUCUCAUUAUCUCAAUCAUAGCCUUCUUUUCCACGACAUCAGUCUAAAGGAUCACUGUCACUCUCAUCCAAAUUAUAGGAAGGGGGUACCGCAAAAAUGAUGAAGAAUGCCAGAGAUCAUUUAUGGUUUGCAUUUUCUUUUCGAGAAAAUGAACAACAACUACACAUAACGAGAUGUAUAGCACGCCGGGCAUCGUUCUCACUUCGAAGGCCCUUCGUAGGCGUUACUAGCGAGGACACGCGCGCCAUCGUAGGAAUUAAUGUCGCCGGUCUUGACGAACCGAGGCGCUGACUGUGCAUGAAUGAAUGCACGAGAUGAACAACAGCAGCAACAUCAGAAGAUAAAUAUCCCAAGGAAAUGACCAACAACAGAAGCUGAGUACCCCAAGGAAAUGACCAACAAUAGAAGAUAAAUACCCCAAGGAAAUGAGCAGCGACAUCGGGAGAUGAAUACUCCAAGGAAGCAAUGAAUAGCAACAUCGGGAGAUAGAUACCCCUAGGGACAACUAUUAUGAGGAGCACAAGAACAAUUCUGCAGAUGGGAAUUGCAGCAGAGAACUCAUUGUGCGAAGAUGUUUGCUUGUCGUGGUCCUCUCACUGCCUUCCUUUGGGCUCCCAAUGCGUGGGUCUUUUUGUUUUUACUUGGCAGUGCUUGGAGCAGAAAGCGCUACCGUACGCGAAGGUCCUCGCUUGCAGUCGGGGAUCCAGAGCAAGACUACAGCAGCCGAAUUAUGGUCGUCUAAGUAUUAGUAUUCAUCUAAGAAAAAGAAUUAUUUAUUAAUCAGCAUGCAUCGUCCUGGUCCAUCUAAAAUGUCGUACUAGCUGAGGUUUUCGUCUCUCCUGAUUUAAACAUGAGAGAAAGAAAGUGAGGGCGCUGUCAUAGCCAGCCUAGCGGUGAAUGCUGUUUUGAGGGUCCACCUCUGCUUCAGCUCUAACACCACAGCCACGGUCAAGAGCCGCGCCACAGUUGUACCGAACACUAGUGGAGGACAAGGACACAGCAGCACCUCCACGGCCUUUGACUCCAGCUUCUUGGAAACGCUAACAACAUCUAAGCCACUUCCAGAAGGCUUCUCCAAACAUUGGGAUACGGUGACUGAAGCUGAUGCGCGAAAAGACGUCGGCCCCGAAACUAAGCCAAGUCUACACGUACAGGUAAUAGGGCCAAGUCCGCAAGUGGAAGUGGAACUCAAUUUCCGCACGAAUCACGCAAAGGGAGUGCACUUGCCGACGCCGAUUGUUUGGUUCGAGGCACUAGAUCUUACUUCCAGAACGCAUACUAUGGACCGAAGAGAAGCGCAAACAUUCGGGUAUCCUACAAUUUCUGCAAUCGGCGGACCCACGUUUCUGUCGCCAAUCAGCGGAGUCGACAAAGAAGAAUGGGUACUGUGGGAUACAAAAAAUGACCCGGAGAAGAAGGACGCGGAGUACCGGUUCAGCGACGCUACCACCUUCGCCAUCAUCUCAGCAGCACAGAAGCAAGCAAUCUAUGACAAUGCCGGCAGCAGCACACUGUAUGAGGUUGAGGACGUUGCCACGGACGAGAUACCAGCCGGGGCGAAUGAACAUACACCUUCUAGUGGUGGUGGUGGUCAUAGCGGCUCAUCUCCUAAAGGACAAGCUGAGCAAAGCACUGCACCUUCUAGUAAAAGUGGUGGACGACAAGCAGCCGAGGCACCCAAAGGGUUCUCGAACUCUUGGGCUGGAUUGACUGAACGUGGGGCGCGUGAACAAGUCGGCGGCGAUACUAAGCCAAGUCUACAACUCAAUCUCCUCCCGCAUGUCAAGUUCGUCGUGACUUUGCUGGUGAGUGACGGGACCGAGGAAGGUGCUGUUUGGUUCGAGCUACCGAAAUGGGGUACCCUUGUGGUGAGUCGGGAAAUCACUGUUAUGCAAGGACAUCGUAGGUGUUCGUCAUAACUGAUUGGGGCGAUAACAAGUGCUGGCAUCGGUUUUACUUCAUAUGUCGGAUUCUUAUCGAGGGGGCCGCGCAUCCUACACGCGGUGCACGUGAUGGCCACACGUGUAUAUCGUUAUCGCUAUCGCUAUCGCUUUCACUAUCGCACUUUCGAACAUCUCCUAUCCUUUCUGUAUCGGCAUCGCUUUCAUCUUGUCUCCUUUAGACUGUCACGUCGCGAACUCCAAAACAGUACGAAAGUGCCAUAAAAUUUAAAAAAAAAAAAAAAAAAGAGCAUAAAAUCAGAAGCAGAGAAAGCCUACAUAAAAAUCAAACAAUCACAGCCUUGCGCUCGCCUCCAACUCAUACCUUGGACACCGAUUGGAACUUCUACUCAGUAGGUUUCGCAACUCAAGUAAAUCAUUAAAGAUGCAGCACGAGCCCGAAGAGGUUGAGGUGCGUGAAGGCCACGCAUCUGUCCUUAAAUUAACAUGCCACAAGGAUGAUUUCGUCCGUUACCGUGCAGAUGUGAAAAUCAACUGUGUGGAGUGGCGCUAUUAUCCAGGUGUUGCAUCAGGUAGCCUGCAGCUACGCAACCACUCAGUCGACGAAAUCCUUGCUGAAAUCUUUUGCGACAUCAGUCUCCAACUAGCUCACCAUCACAAACGCAACAGCAUAGCUCUCGGGCCUGACACUACUUUCGACGUUGAAGGCAUCGGCGCAAAUAUCGACUCUCAGUUCCUCACCAGAGUCCGCUCUGACGGGACAUAUAACAAAUUCCCUCUCGAUCUCGAUUUCGACGAACCCCCAUCGAAGAAACGCAGCAAGUCAUCACAAAACAGUCUCGAUUCCAACAGUAGUGGACUCUUACCAAUCAUCACAGUAGUCGCCUUAUACAGCUUGGAGCUUUCUCCGUGGCUUCUGGUGUACUCAGUCCAGUGCGAGCCUUUCGAUAGCUCGACAUCAAAGAUCUUUUCAGGCGCCAUUACUUUCCACAACCACAAAAGCAUCUCCAGGGACGCAUUUGACUUGUGGCUACUUAGAGACCUGAACAAAAAGCAAAGCCUCUACUUAUCACACAAAACCCAAGUAACGCACUUAGACUUGAACAACGAGAGCUACAGCAUCUGCUUCAAAAAUCACAUCCAACUUCGUGAUCUCCUUCAAUCGCUAACCAAACAUCAAACGACGUCAAACAUGUCGAGCACUAUUUCUUGUGUUGAUGAAAUCGUUGCGGUGAAGGGAGAUGGUGCUGAGUUUUCCUGCCAUGGACGCGUCCACCCGCCUUCCAAGGCAGCAAGCUCCUACUACUUCCACAUCGCGCGCCCGGAAGGCUUCAACUGUACGAAUGACAUCGCCAACAUCUUGCCAGACCAGAUCCGCAGUAAAAAGGAAUGGCAUACGGCGGUCCUCUCUCAGGAGUUCCAAGAUAAGCCAGUAAAGGAUCUCCUCGACAACUGGUUCUUGGAAACAGAGCCGCACUCCAAUAACAUCUUCAUGAGCAAGAUUAGCGAGAUCUGUCACAACGCGUCUCCGUUCGCAGCAGGAAAUCCCAGCUCUUGCCGACAAAGAAGCCGUUGAGCUCAAGCGUCUGUGUCCUAACUGCGUAGUAAACGUCGACUGUAACAGUAACUCUUGUGCACGUAUCUGCCGCGCAGAGACAGCCCGCAACAAAGUUACAAUGGCGAGGCUCUCCGAAAGUGAAACGAAGGUAUUGUAUAGAAGCUCCCGCAAAAGCAAACUCCAUUAGUGAAAUCUAUGCUACAUCUCGAACACCUAUCGAACCCAAUAGUUGAAAACCAGUAAAGCGUCUCGCUUCCAUCUCUCACAACAGGCCGUCACGGAUAUGGCCGAGGCACAGAAGAACUGUUGGGAGGUGUCAGUGACUGGCGAGCUCACCGCCGCGAAAGUCAAAGCGUUCGGACAGUUGUCGAAUUGCUUGGAUCAGUUCUCCAUCAACCCGCACUACUCGAAAGCGAUCAACUGCUCAACCUUCCAUUCGGUUUUGAUUUUCGCGGCCAUCUUUCCGCACUACGGCGGAGCAAUCGCAGCAGUCCUUACCUUCACCGCGUGGGAAGACAUCUCGGCUGUCUGCCGUCUCAUCUCGAUACUGGCGCACGUUUAUGGGGACAUGCCGUCACUCACACCGCAAAAGGUAUACUACAGCUUCCAGGUCCAAUCGUCAAUAACCACACAUCACACGAGACUCAGUUAUAUCGACCUCACAUUCCUCCUCUCACUCCCAAACCAACAUAUCGCAGGUUAUCAUCGGUCUCGCGUACACCAUCCCCAAAGGGGCGAAACAAAACACCCAGCUCAGACAGUGGAACAUCCGCAACAAAUAUCUUGCCGAUAUCAUUUUCGCAGGGGAAACGUGGUCGAAAGCCGGCGUCGAAGCUGUCCGUGCGUCAAUUCGAAACGCCGACUGCAAGUUCCCUUCCUCCCGUGAACCGGAGAGCGAGGGAGCCCAGCCUUGUAAUCCAUGGAUUCUUGGGUGACCUUCGAUCUCUAGGGGCGAACCUUUCCACCAUGACUGAACAAGUCAACGACCUACCAUCGUCACAGCGCAUCAACCAGGAUAGCACGCCCAUCAUCGAUGAUCACAGCUCCAGCUCGAGCUGUUGCAGGAAGUAAAAAGCUUUGUCUUGUGGCGUGAGUCAGAGCAUCUCCACUGACCCAGUACGGUCUCCAUCGAAUUCUGAAGAGUAAAAUCAAGACUCCAAUAACGGGAGCACUGGAGCAUAGGCCACUACAGUCAAAUUGUUAAUUUGUAACAUCUUGCAUGUCAGCCCGCAGCAACUUUGGCAUGAAUUUCACGAGCAAAGGAAUUGCCACCCUCAUCGAUUUACCUAAACCCAAACUCUCGGCAUGCAUCACCAUAAAGGACGCCUCGCAUCAUGCUCCGGAACAGUAAUAACGAUGACAUACCUCAACAAUAUGGCAGCACUACCUUCACGGAACCACAUCACAUCCAAAAACGCCACAGGAUAGAGAUUGUCUUUUUUACUAACUCAUAUAGAGUAACAAAAUACUAACAUACUUCGAAUCAUUGCGAGAUGUCAUUUACACUUCAACAAGUUAACAGCCGACUGGAGGAUGGUAGCCCAUCCACCACCGACAACACUAACGACCUGCUCGGAGGCUUUAGCGAAGAAGAAUGGGAUGCUUGGUGGGCUGGCUGGCAUUCCAGCAAGGGCACAACUAACACAACCACUACUAACGCACAGUCUUCCACGAAUGUUUUUGAUGGCGAUAAAGAAAAUUGGCGUCAGAAGUUGAAAUCUAUCACAAAAGAAGCUUUCAAAUUCAGAGAAUUCAAAAUGCCGGACGAGCCCGCUGUCCUGCCGCCACCGCCUGUCACGCACUUCAAGUGCAUUGCGUGUGACACCGAGCAAGACACUGCCGCAAAGUACAUCAUCUGCAAUGCAGUGAAAGCUGACGGCUCCAGAUGCAAGAAUGGCUUAUGCAACGACUGCAAGAAAAGUUCUGGCGCAAUCCUUCACAAUCAACAUGCUUCACGUCGUUGCACUCGACACACCCUCCAGAACGAUCUGUCCCAUGUGCAACAACGUCAAACAAGCGGAACGCAUGAAAGAUGUCGAGCGUGUUUUUUCGGUAUUUGUUUUCCAACCUUAUCUUUGAAACUUGAAAGUAUAGCUUCAUCUUUCAUAAGCUUCCUCGGCUGUCUUCAGUUUCGACGAAUCACCAACUUCAGGCCGCGCGCGGAGAUGUUUCCUUAGGCCCGACCAUCGUCUCAGAAUAUCCAUGGUUCGCCGAGUACUCAGCAAUGAAAGGCCAAGAAAAAGCCGACGCAUGCGCCAUCCUGAAGCGCCCCCCCAUGCAGGAUCAGAACAAAGUCUCGACCUUGUCGCCCAGCGAAAUCCUGAUGCUAAACGCCAGCCACAGCUCUACGGGUGGCCAGUCAAUCCAGAAAGCAGUGAAGCAGUUGCAAACUAAAGGCCGCGAACAUAUGAAGUGGAGCAAACUCCUCCUGACUAGUCAAGGCGGCAGCUUCCUAGUGUGUAGCAACCACUUGACCAGACUCAUCUCCAUGCUCUCAGGUGAGCCAGUCAGUAUCCUGGCAAACUAUGCAUUGUUCCUUGUGCAGUAUCGUCUCGAUAUGACCAACCUGCUUUCGUCCUCCAAGAAAGCGAAGAACAACAAGCAUCACCUUGAGCAGACGCUUUCGAACCUGUGCUACCUCAUCUACUUCACCUCGCGCAAUUGGGGUAAGGGCAUCAAAUUGAGGAGCCGCAUCGAUGAAACUCGUCAAGGUUUCUACAACAUGGCGCACCUGCCUCAAGUGACUACCGCCUGUACACGUAACACGCAAAGCAAGGGACUCAUGAAGGUACUUCUCUCCUCUCUGUCGUUAUCAAAAUUAUUCCAACUCAAGUUCCUCGAAUAAUAUUACCUAUCUCAACGUGUUUUCAUCCUACAAGUCUUAUCGCAGCCCAGUCUUGGGUUUGUCAAGCUAUAAUCUACUCGCAGGCCCUUAUGGGUGAAGUCUCCGCGCAUGAAUUGGACGAAGCUCGCGUGGCCGCCUCCAAACGCACAAGCGCACCUGCUGACCUUUAUUCUGUUUCGGGAGGUCAGUCGUCAUAUCAUCGCACAACCCCGAACAAGUUUGGUCGCCCGUCCGUGGCUGGGGGUGGAGGCAACGCUAACUCCAGCACUCCAAGCAACAAGGGGCAGAACUAUGGCAUCCAGUCUAACUCUGAUCGUAUCGCCAGUAUCCUCCACGGGGCAGCGCACAACGCUGAAGCCGCAGCUGCGGCUUUCCAGGCCUGUCUUACCAUCGAUCGGAAAGAACCCUACAACUUUUUCACCAACAACAUGCUGUGCCGCAACUGCUUCAACCUGGGCAAGGGAACCAAUGUCACUCAUUCACUUGGCUUCAACUACUGCGAGGAUGCUGGUAAUGCCUGCGCCGUUGAGUGCAAAAUCUGCUACAACCACUUCAGCAAGACCGUCGCUUACCAUUGGCAGUCGCAGUGUCCGCACAAGGAUGGUCUGCGUGUAGUCGAAGAACAUGCAAACAAAAAGGGGAAAGGUAGCAAAGGUGGAAAAGGUGGAAAGAACAAGAACAGAGGCCCAUACAAAUGAUGGAGCUACUAGCAUUUCAUCUCGAAGAUACUUUGCGCCUACCAUCCUCACAGUUGUAUCGUUGCGGAAACCAAACUACUGCAUGAGUUUCGAGGUCCCUGCAUCAGUCAUCGCCGUGGCCGGAGGCCGCGAGAUGUGAAAUGAAUGCAAAUGCGGACUCCUGCUGAUCUGCUCGGGUUCUCUCUAGUCGGUGCGUAUACUAUCGGAGAUCAUAGGCGACUAAAUAAGAACUUCACGCUCCGGAGAUCUCAGAUAGUCUUCUGGAUGGUCUUCGGAGAGGGCUGGGGAACUCCCCGCGAGUCCACUCUCUCACCUCAACCAAACCAACGGCGUCACCAUGCGCCGCGUGAUUACCAAAUCACGGCUAUGAAUACCAACGGUGCCACCAUGCGCGGCGUGAUACCAAAUCACGCCUACCAAUGCCAACGGUGCCACCAAGCGCCGUGCGAUCACCAAAUCACGCCCACCACCACCACCACCACUACCAAUAGCGGCCUUCCCCCGGCUACAGCCUCGUAUAGGCUGCUCGCUGGAGCAGGCUUCUACUGCUGAAGCACGUUAAAACGCCGCUUGUCCCCUUAUGGACCCGCGGCAAUAACAUGCACAGCCGACGAAAGCACACAACUAACUACGUACAGCCAAGCGCUAAAAGAAGAUCCAAGGAACAUGUCCUGCGGUAAUACCAUCCCCCUGCGGGGAGCGGCUACCCUUCCUAAGGGGCUGAUACCUGAAGCCAACCUUACACCCGCAACAGGGCCGAAAUAAUGAAGUGGGUCCUUGUUCAGUAUAUCCCCUGUUUUUUAACCGACUUAAGGGCUCCGAUCUCCACGAGAGAACGAGCGAACCACCGACCAACCCGUGUGCGGGGGGGGAAGUUUUUUGUUCCCACUGACGGCUCACAUGAAGCAAAGUUCUGUCUCUUGCACACGAGAGGUCAGAUGUACGAGAUCCAAAAACCUGCCGAGAAGUGAAUUAGGGGCGAAAAGGCCCGCCCUCGCUCUACUCCGCAAACAUACUAUGGCCUACUCUCAAACCCUAACGGGGAGAGAGAACCACGACAGGGGUGGACCGUGAAACCCUUUUACUGACCGACGCAUCCUAAUCACCGUUUCAGGAAUGAAAGAGACCGACGACCUCAAAACUUGCGGAUCCCGUGCUCUGUUUUUUCUCGUUCAGCGAUCUGAACUUAAUGCGAUCUAAAGUAGACAAAAUUACGCCACUUAGGCCCACCGUAUGGCGCGCCGAAACUUGAAGAAAGCCUGAAUACUGACGGCUACAAGUGGCAUUUUACGAAUAACUGACUAAGCCAACAAAACAUACGUCAGCUACCACUCCACCACUUGAAACCACGACAGCGCUUACGUUCACCUAAACCCAGGGAAAACACAAGAGGAAACUCUUAAAAAAUCUACUUCGCUCUCAAGUGCCAAAGCUACAAAAUGGAGGCACAGCAACGCCCUACCAUUGCCUUCGGGCAAAACGAAACCAGGCCACGUUGGUGCGGGACUUGACUGAGCCAGAAUUGGCUGCGGUCUAUGUCCUCAACAAGAGCAUGACGCUCAUCCUGGACCCUCCUUCCCGCAAUUGAAGGAGGACUUGGAUGGAGUCAUGGCCGCCCUCACUACCAUGCGGGUUGGUCUAAAUGGCGUUCCGCUGCCGGCCGAAGCAGGCCAAAAUUGGAUCAAGGCUUAUUUGGCCUAUGUUUCGAUCGUGGAAAAAUAUCACAAGGAGAAUACUUUUGGCGCGGCCUCUUUUACCAGACAGCGGAUCUCUGAUUGCUUCAACGCGUUACCGCAAAUUGUGUUGCAUCCAAACUACAUGGAACUCACAAAAGCAUCAGGAGGAAGACGCGGCAUUGAGGCAGUCCGUGAACACUGUGAUGUGGAUAUCCCAGCCUGUUUACAGGGUGCAGGAAUCCACAGUGGCUACACCUUUCUUCGCGGACACUUCGCCGACAACAGCCUGGAACUACCGGACGGCUUCGGCCAACCUCAAGGCCUACCAGUGCCACCUGCUCAACUUCAACCACCUGCCCAACCGCCGGCUGACGUGGCUGCUAUGGUGGCGGCUCAGGUCACCGCAGCUCUGGCGACCAUGAAGGAGAAACUCGACCAGGAGUACGAGGAGAAACCCAAGGAGGUCGUCGCCAAGUUCAAAGAAGAGGAGCAGACCACCCCGAACUGUAACGUCGCUAAACCAGACGAACGCGGCAUCUACCCAGAUGCGGCGGCAACUGGCUACCGUACCAAGAAAGAAGCCUCGGACGCUCCGGGCUUCGAAGACCCUGACGAGCCGGGCCCCAUCGCGGUCAAUACGCUCCGGCCUCUUCGCCUCCCGCAUGGUGAUGAACAAGAUCAGGGCAUCUCUUUCCCGAUCACAUGGGACGGAAAGGAUGACGCUAUCCUCCACCUCACAGGCCUCGACCUCAGCAACCAACUCACCUUCACCUGGAUGGCCACGCCAGGAAAUGUCGCCUCUUACAAGGGAACCGUCCUCGACACCCAGAGCCUAGGCGGAUUGCUUUCGGCCGUGGUCUACCCGAACUGCCAAGCUAACUUGCAGGCUUACCCCCGCCUCGUCCCGACCGUCCACCUCGCGCCGACCACGCUUUUGCACUGGGUUGCGACACAUACACCCACGCAGAAGGCCAGCGCCAAAGCGCUGGCGGCCUGGUUAAUCUUGCAGGGUAUUGGUUCUGAGCGGUCGUUUCUCACAAAAUUCCUCACCACAAAGGAAUUUGAGACCUCGCCCAAAACCUUUAUUCUGUUUAAGAAUAUUGGAGGACCGUCGUGCCAAGACCUCGUGUCCACUGCGCGACGCCUGCUGUCGCUUGGUUCGGCUAAAGUCCGCCCAACUAUUCCUCGUGUUUUCUGGAAUGGAUGGAACCUCAGCUACUCGCACGCCCUCGAACGCCGGAGUCAAGAGGACUUGCGAGGUGCCUUGCUGGGAGCAACAGCAACGUGGGGAGAGAAUGAAAAAUUGACUACAGAUGCGGAAUUUGCCAUGUGGACGACGAUGAGCAUGGCGCAAAAAUUUGCACUGUAUAUAGGGGAGGCCCCUAACAUUGACGAAAGCACUAAAUUGGUCUCCCCUUUUCGUUUUUCAUUGUCCGGAGUGGCGAGGAGCGCGCUCGUGUUGCACUUCAUACCCAUGACGCUGUGUGCGCACGUGCAUGACGAACUUCGCAAAAACAACAUGUCCGCCAUGCAGUUCCUAACACGACAUCAACAAGAACUACAGCAAUCUUCUCAAGUUCGCUCUGCGCAGUGGGGGAAAGACAAACAAAACAACGCCACAGCGUCUCCCUCUCCCGCUGCUGCUGAAAAGCGAGCUAAUGAAGAGGAUGAAGACCAAGGUCCACCACAUGCUCCCGGAACUAAGCGCCGCAAGAAGAAUAUGAGGAAGGGCCACGCGAUCGCCUCCUCUACCACUCCCAAGAAGGGCGAGACCAACGCCGGAGAAUGCCAACCCUGGUGGAACUGGCAGGCGCCGCCGGCUAAGGGUACAGGCAAAAAAGGCCAACCUCCUGCAGCUGCGGCACCAUCUGCUGCUCCCAGCCAGGCCGAUACCUGCCAUUGGGUGUUGGCACCGGAGAAACAGUGCUACAAGUCCUGGGAUUCCAAGAACAAUGUCUGGUGGCAUGACACCAACUGGAAACAGACGGCCGCACUCAAGAACUCCAAGCUACGGCGAAAACUACUCACUCCCCAUAACUAUUUAUUUUUGUAACCUCUGUUGAACCAUCCAUCUGUCACAUACCUCUGUCGCCUCUAAUCACCGAAUGGGCCGUCGACUUACCGCGCGGCCGCAAGACCACUGAAACACCUCACCAAGAUCAGCCGCCAGCUCCUCCCUCAGACACUGACGCACCGGCCAACCCAUCGGGUCAGCCUACGGCUGCAAAGUGUAAACAGCUGAGUGCUGAGCUAAUCCACCGUGGCACUGUACCGGUGUGGCGCUCCUGGACGGAGCUGGUGGCGGACGGAUGGACCUCGGUGGCCACGACGAACAAGCCUGAUCCGAAAACAGGUCGCGCGUGCAAAAACAACUAGUACUACUCCUUGUGGGCUGCCGGUGUCUAGAGACGGGAUCCCUGAGCCCCCAGUGGUUCAAUCCGCGUCCAAACACGACAAAUGCCAGUUGGCUAAGGACGCCUGUGCUUGCUACCACAUCUUCCACAAAUGCGCUUUCGAUGAGAAUAAUCUUGCCUGCCCUUUGAUCCACCAGUGGCCAACAGAGGACGCAAGUAUGAUUGUUAAACGCAAGUGGAGUGAGGCGGUUGUGGCCCAGUCUAAAUAAGAAAGAAGAGGCGUGGAUCCCGAGAGUCCGCAACCGAGACUCUCGACCAUGAAGCAGGGCGCUGAGACAACAUUUCUCAGAUGAACUCGAUGAAACCGCUAUGACGUCAUGAACCUCACCACUUUGUAGUUGAGAUGAAGUAAGAAAAAACCAACCUCAGCUAGAACUACUGCCAUCAGGCUGUGUUCUCUCUACCGGAAAACCCAGACUCAUGCCUGCACUCAAAAACUUGCGCAGCGCCAGCAUGUGGGUGGUCAAAUGUACCUAGUGGAAACAAGUCGACCACUCAUCACCUAUGCGCCUAAAUCUGCGACUCUCGGCACCAAUCACCAAUGCAAAACAAUGAAACAGCUAUUAUGUUGGGAUGAAUGGGGCCGAUCUCGAAGUGCCCCCCCCCUAAUAGGGGCACGCCUUGCCUUGUCGCAGGCAACGAAAUUGCUAGCUACUGACUGACUAUCUAUGUUAACUACCAAACCAUACAAAACCACUACCAACUUUAACUAAGCCCUUGGGUAAAGCGAUCCCAUAACGCCACUCACUACCUUUACCAACCAAACCACCUCCAGGGAAACAGCACUAACGUGUCCGCGCAUACGUGUUAAAGACAAAUACUCACAUUCGAAGUGAGCACCAACGCACCCGGAAAGGGUCAGAAGGUGGCCAUCCCGCCGACCCGUAAAGGCCAAAAAUCAGUCUUCCACGGGAAACUGGUGGCCGCGGCAAAACGCCGUCCUAAGGGCAUUGCCAUUGGCGGGAAACCAGCCCAAGACUCCACGGGAAAGGGCCCCCAGGACCCUGCGGCCGCCAUGGCGCCGUACGGUAAGGCGCGCCCCAACCAGACUGUCUCGAGCAGCACCUCGACUGGUGCUGGUCCGUACAGCAACGACGAGCGAGCCUUUAUCCCGCCGUCCACUCUCUCAGGAUGAAGACUACACCACGCCGGCAGCUUCCUCCUGGAGUCAUGAACUGGAUGAAGCCUACGACCUUGCAGCUCCGAGCACGCAAGUGUCGGCUGAGGACGAACUACCCGCCUCUACGCAGAGUGGUCAGGAACUAAAAUACGGCACGGGUGGCAUGGAUUACCUUCCGGCCAUUAUCAAAUAAAAGCCGCGUGAGACCUACACCAUCAACCAGUCCACCAAGAAAAUCCGGUGGACUGACCCCAUGGCAGGCCAGUCGGCUAUACUCUGCAAGGACCUGCUCCACAAAUGUGGAAAGCAGAUGGCCCACUUCCUCCGCCAUAGCCCAGAACUGGCGCGUCGACAAGUGGCCGAGGGCUGGGGGCGCGAGUGGAUCGACUUAGGUGACCUUCAGGAAACCCUCUACCAUGGCAAGCGUGGCGUUUGGUACCCGCUCGAAUACAUUCAGGCGGCUGCAGAGCAGACCAAUAGACAUGGUGGACUCCGCUUUGAAAUUGCCUACCACGAACCGGCUUACUACAUCCGCGCCACAUCGGGGCAAUCCGUGACCAACUGCACCGGAAACAAGCGCCUCACUACCAAAGCCGAAGCACAAGAAUGCGCCGACUUCCACGCACGGGCGCCAACGUUUCAGCCUGGCUUUGCUGUAUUCGCGGAAUGGUUAUCUUCCCACCUUGAGUACAAAGUCUCGACCUACCUACUUUACCAUCACCCAACUACCUGUGCUGUAGCAAACUCCAUCCACCGCCAACCACCCUACCCAACCACAGGCAUACUUGGCGCCAGACCUCCGCAGACGCCUUGGCAAAUAUUGGCCGAGUCGGCUACUUGCUGCCGAUGAGCCGCCAGCGCGUCCAUUGGGGGGACCAUCCGAAUCAUACCAAAUCGAAGGGUGGCGACCGUGUAUGGAUUUCGGUCCACACAGAUGACAUCAUCGGUGAAGGAGUCGCUCUCUAUGUGACUAAGACGAAACGCCAGUUAGUCACAGACCCAAUGCCGCUCUAUCUGUGUAGCGUCUACACCUUGGAACAACUUCCACAAGACUCAUAGAUAAUCAGACGUGAACCUGAUUAAGAGGAGGCGAGAGGCCACUUUCCGGGCCAGCUUUGAGGCUAAGUGCACCAGUGUGAGUAUUUGAGAAAAAUGCUUCGCCCCGGCUGCCUAAUCUCCACAUCUGAUUGUAGUGCUCACCAGCUGCGGCAUACCACGGAUUAUGACGAGAGAAAGUCACCCGUUGAGAGAAAGCGAGGUAGUCCACAAGCACCGACGCACGCCUACCCUAGAUAAUACCAUUAAAAUCAAUAUACAAAACCCAGUAAAAGUAGCACUUGCACAUUGGAAAAAAGCGCGACAUAUUCGAGAGAGAAAUAAAAUGACAUCACGUUUCUCCGCGCCGCUACAUGGCGCCUGGCUCGCGCUGGCUAUGGCCUCGUCCAAGGCCUCCGACUCCCAGCUGCGAAAGCAAACCUCGCAGCCCACAGCACUGGGAGACCCGACGUGGAGACCACCACCGUCGGAGACCACACCGCUCUCGCUACCCACACCAUCCCCGUCACUCAGACUAGAUAGGGCCACUAUCCCAAAACGGGAAUACCGCCACACCCUCACGCGCUACUGCAGCAGCGAGAGCAUCGCGCUGCAGUUGCAAGCGCAUGCCGAGGGCACCCUCAUCAACCGCAAGCACAGCUUUCACGUCUUCCGGGACUACUGGGCGAACCAGCUCCCGCAAGUCCGCCCUCCAUACUCCAUCGAGCACCUACGUACUUUCUGCCUCUGGAUCUCGGCUACCAAUGACAACUCCGAGCUGGCAAGCACCUACUUUGCCGCGGUAUCUCGCAGCCUCCUCAUGCCAGAGCUGGACCCACGCACCAACCAACCGCGCAACUGGCUCCAGCCGCACCCUUGCGCCAUUAAGGCACUCAACAUCGCCAAGGAUGACAUCCGGCGGACGUGCGCGGCACAAGCGCCCCUCAAGGCGCCACCUAUCCACGUGGAUGCGUGCCGACGCCUCCAGCCCGCAGCUCGCGCACUUGUGCGCCUGUGGAUCCUCCUAGGCAUCCGGUGGAGCAGCUUUGCCGAGCUCCGCCCGCACCACCUCCCCUACCACGCCGGCCGCAUCCUCGUAACAGUUAUUCGAGAUAAGACCGCGAACAAGGAGGGGCGCGCGGUUACCAUCCGCUGCAACUGUACCUCACCACAACGCGCGGACCUCUGCCCCAUCUGCGACGAAUCCACACCGCAACCAUCACUGCCAGCAGAUGAAAAAUCAACGAUGGAUAUCAUGAAACAACUAGGGGCAAAGUUCCACUCGCCUCGCCGAACCAAUGCCCUCAUGUCCGCGAAAGCGCUGGCCUCCGGCAAACGCUUCGGAUUUGAAACCUACAUGAAGGCAAGAGGCUGGAGCACCCUCGCGGCCGUCCUAUGCUACAUGAAGGACCACGCGGACCACGCGGAUGCAGCCCUAUUCCCCGUGGCCGGGGCACUCGACUACACCGCCGACGAUAGCAAGCGCAUAGCCCUACCUGCCACAACUAAAGACAAGGAUGAGAUCCAGGAAGCAAUGCGCAAUGAAACGCGCACCCGCGAACUGGACGAGAUCAAGUCUCUCUUGUCAACUAAGCACGACGCCACCGCCUACUUCAAGUCGAGAGACAAACUCCUCGCGGAAGGUACUACCCAAAUGAACGGACAAGAUGUCCGCACAAUUAAGGCCACGCCGAAAACUACAUACUGGCUGCAAAUCGGCGAUGAAAAAAGUCACCAAGAAGAAAACCACCUCCACCAGUACUCAAGACCAGGCACGGAAACAAUCACAGGCCGCUCCACUUCGCAAGAAAGUGAAGUCGACAUAAGACGCUUGGCGAAAGCCGCGCCUGGACAAAUGGCAAGUAAGUGACUGCUUCUUUAACCCAUGGUCUCACCGUGAGCAUGCCCAUAGGCAGGUAGCUUAGAUGGGAACAGUGAUUAUUGAAGCGUCAGCGUGUUGCACACCAAAGAACUGGCAGCUUCUGCUGCCUUUGGCGACAGUGAUCCAAAAAAGGGAUCCGGACACUCGUGCUCACCCACGCCCUCCUAGAGGCCUUCACUGCUGGAAGCAGGAAGCGAGCCAGAUGAUCGGUAGCAGUGAAUUUUAAUGCAGUGUAGCACUUGUCUGGCCGAUGGCCGCGAAGUGUGAAAUGAGUGUAAAUAUGAAUUCCUGCUGAUCUGCUCGGGUUCUCUCUAGUCGGUGUGUAUACUAUCGGAGAUCGUAGGUGACUAAAUAAGAACUUCACGCUCCGGAGAUCUCAGAUAGUCUUCUGGAUAACGAAAAUGAAAAAACCCACCCACCCACACCAGGAAGCAAGAGAUAGCCCAAGAUGACGUUGAAAAAACUAAAACUUGCAUGGAUUAAAACGGCCGACCAGUUAACUGAAACGGUCUGGCCACCACCUGUCGACCUACGCCUCUACCAACAAUACGCUAAAGCUAUACUGGACCAAAAACGUGAUCGAGAUAACAACACACAAGAAUGGACCAACACGGUGGCACAAGCCACCCGCUACCUCCUCGAGCUCCAGCAGGACACUGCGGAGACCAGCAAGGCGCGCAUCAAGAAAGAGAGCCCGGCGCACCUGCAGGAACUCCUCCUUUCGGAGCCACCUCGCAAUGUGGACGCCAUCGAAACCUUGGCCACCCUAAUCGACCACCCUGACACCACCUUCACCACGCGAGUCAUCAAAGCGUUUAACGCUAUCGCCAAUGGUGAUACCGCGGGAGUCUGGAAAGCCAAUCGCACCCCGUUCAUCCUGGAACCAGAAGUGGCCGACUUCUACAAGAAGGCCAUCCGUCUCCGCGCCACACCACCAGAGUUCGACGAUGACCUUCUCCAGGCACUCAUCGAUAUCAUCGAACAAGAUGCUCAAAAGGGACGGCAUAAGGAAAUCACCCGCGACGUGCUCCAAUGCCAACCGGCCACUGCUUUCCCCAAGGAUGAACCCACUGAAGAACGCCGCAAAAUCCGGCUUCUCAUCGACAACCGCGCCAAGAAUCACGCCACUACUGCCGCACACAAGAAAAACUAGAACUACAUGGCACCCGGAAGGUUCAAGAUCUCAGCGGCAUCGACAUGACACCAACCGGAAAGGAGCACACUUACAUCGCCUCACCUCUCGGCCAGACGCGCAAAGAAACCCAUGCACAUUUGCAAAAAGAACUGGCAACGGCGGCGGCAACAGCCACCCUGCCAGAGCCACGAGAUUCCUUUCCCUCACGGCCCUCGCGGGCCGCCUGUCUGCUGCCCUCACCUCCCUCAGCCAGGAGGUCGCACAUCCGCAGACACCACCGCCAGAGAUGGACUCCGAUGAUAUAUCCGAGGCCUACUACCUCUUUGGCAUCGACGACCCCAAGAGUUGCCCCAUAACGGGGUAUGACCCAAGGCAGAGGGCAUGCCGCUUCUGGGUCAGCUAUGCGGUCAAUAUGGGCGCCGAACCCUCCGUCCCGGCAUUUUGCCGCCUCUCGGAGUUACUAAUGGCCAUCUGCAUCUACUUCAAAGCCCCAAUGUUGGCCUACAUCGACGACCAGAACUACUUCGCCGCAACAACGCAGCAAAUCUUUGCUGCGAAGACUUUCAUCCACCAGCUGGCAGCAUGCCUUGGCCUGCCGCUUUCCAAAAAACCGGCGGCGGGCCAGUCUUCAGCCAGAACUGACACUCUGAAGGCCUUAGGCCUCAUGUACCACUACACUAGGUCAGUUGACGCCACCCUUCUCACGCUUAUGCUGCCGACCAACUACUACAUCAAGCCCACGAAAGCGCUCGACACCACCCUCACGCAAAUCAGAAGCAAGUCACUCGUCCUCAAAGACCUACAGAAGCUGGUCGGGCUGGCGACCUUCGGCACGCAACACACCCGAUCGAAGAUCGGCACCGAGCUGCUCCGCCCGCUAUACAAAUGGCUCGACGAGUCACUCUUUCACACCCUCAAAAAAUGCAAGAAGCGCCGCAGCAUGCUCCGCAUCCACGUUGUGGCGCUGCAACACCUCUUGCCGAACCUACCGCGAAUCAUCCACGGCAAGACAGCCUCACGAAUUAUGCAGUCCUACCUUGCCACGGAUGCAUCGUCCGACGGUGGACCCGAUGGGCAACCCGUCCUAGGUGCCUUUCACAUUAACGCACAAGGAAAGCGCCAAGCCUUCACUGUAUUAAUCAACCGCCGGCACAUCGAAGACGUCAUCGGUAACACUAUCCGCAUCGAAGUCCUCGAAGCAGUGGCUACCUACCUCGCCCUCACCACCUGGGCAACCGCGAACGACCUCAUGCGCAUCUCCCUCGACAACGUCACUCAACUCUACGCGCGCGCGAAGAUGGCUGCAAAAUCAUCGCACCUGCUAAACAUCGUCACCAAAUCCACCUUGCGCGCCGCCUCAGCCGGACAGCGCACCUUCUACCGCAACCGCUAUGCCAACGCCCCCUUCAACAUAGCGGACAUCUUCUCGAGAGAGGAUUGCGCCUCCUUCCGCCACUUACUGGCCGAAGUCAUCGAAGUACGACAACCAAACUGGACAGUUGUACUUAAAAACCUCAACCAGAACGCACUGCUACCGGAGGUUAUGGACUCCGGCCCCGGCCGAUACCCGAAAGCACACACAGCCUACCCCUCUUCCAGCGCCACCAUGUGAUAAUCAACCACCCACGAAAAAGCAACGCAAGUAAGUGACUGCUUCCUACCUUAACCCAUGGCCUCACCGUGAGCAUGCCCAUAGGCAGGUAGCUUAGAUGGGAACAAUGACUAUCGAAGCGUCAGCGUGUUGCACACCAAAGAACUAGCAGCUUCUGCUGCCUUUGGCGACAGUGAUCCAAAAAAGGGAUCCUGACACUCGUGCUCACCCACGCCCUCCUAGAGGCCUUCACUGCUGGAAGCAGGAAGCGAGCCAAAUAAUCGGUAGCAGUGAAUUCUAAUGCAGUGUAACACUUUACGCAGAAGCGCUGUCGUUGUGGCCCUUGUUUACACAAAGUUGGUUGACCCACCAAAAUCCUCACACAAUCAGUCAAUUUCGCCCUUAAUACUACGUGGCACAACCCCUAUGCAUCGCGAAUUUACUGGAUUCAACGUGAUUCGCCGUAGCUGAAUUGCCUUUGGCUAAACUCAAAACUUUUCGAGUAUUGUUAUCGAUUCAAUUUAUUUCACAGUGAUACUGUGGCCAACCUUUGUUGGUCAUUGUGGCGCACCGCGAGCCGCUAGGAUUUGUCGCUGCGGAGUGAGUGAGAGAAUAUGAGGUGGCGCCACUGUGAACGCGCGAAAAGCUGCUGAAAUCAAUCGCCAGACUACAACGAAUUACUAUUAGUAUGAUCACUACUAUUGUCGCGUCGCGUGUUAAAAAAAUGAAUUUCAUGAAACUGCAACGUGUGUUGCAGUCGUCGGGUGUUAACGAAGUCACUCGCUCCGACAGCCCUUUUAUGCACGCGCGUGAUAUUGCCGACGCCGAGAGGCGCCAAAGUCAACGGUCAGAAAAAGCGAAAUACACAGAUCAGGACAUCAUCGACAAAACCACCACAGAGCAUCCUUUUCCAUCCGACGUCGCGAGAGCAGUCGACGAGGAAUUGUCAAAGAACUUGGGCCCGCCUGCAGGCUUGUCCUGUCAACAACGCGUGACGGCUGGAGUGCUAAAGGAGUCCACUAAUUCAUUAUCUUCAACUUCUGCCGCAAGUCGCGAUCUUGUCAGCAGUGGCUACGGCACUUUGUCGAACACAGCUCCGCGCUCUCCUGCCAACCCGGGGCUUGAAGACGGAGCCAAGGUAGUCACAGACAGAAGUGAGCUGUUGCCCUCUGAAGCUGGUGCUUCAUCCCCUGACUUUGUGACGGUCGUUGAACCGCAGGACGGCGCUGCUAGUGAUGUCGCCACAAUACUGGGCGAUGCUGACUUUGCACUGGAAUUGCAAAAGCUGAAAGAUACCGUCUCGGAGUUAUCUGACACGCACCAAAAGUUCCUAUCAUCUCUGAACGACAAAGGCAGCAAGAAGUACGAACCGUGCCCCAAGCUGCAUGCGUCCGCCAUCGACCUUGAAAUAUUCAAACGUGGCGCGUCACUGUUCGAACAAUUUCCGAUAAGAAACGAACUCAGAGAAGUGCUGACUGACGCGGCUCGCGAGGGCGUGGCGUCAUCUCUUGCGGCUAACUCAGCCAAAACCUAUCCGUCCAUUUUGUGCCGCAUUGUGCCGGUGGUCUGUGCUGUUCUGCAGUUCGUCCUUUGGCCGAUCACAAACGACGACGAGGCGCUCCUCUUCUUCCCCAUCUUCUCCAAGUCGCGCGUUUGCCACAUCAACUACUUGCACUAUGACGCACGAACUAAAAUAAGCGCUAUUAGGUGGAACACCUUUCAACGUCUGUCGUCAGCGAUCGCUGCUUUCAACAGUGCCAGAAAUAUUGACUACGCCCUUGCCGACAAGGGCACUCGUCUGAAACGCCACUGGUUAGGCUUCAAAAAGCAAGCCUAUCACUGCCCUACAUCCAGGAAGUUCACGCGUACCUACCGACAAGUAGCAAGCUUCAUCUUCGACUCCCUCGUCGCAUGGAAGAAAGUGAAAAAGAGUCUGGCAAGCGAAAAACUGGGACCCGGCAUCCCGUCGAUGACGUUGUGCAACAAGGAACUUCUCAGAGCAUCCAUUGUCCUUCAAAAAGCGGCUAUUCUUGCCGUCGGCUUCUUCGGCGUCCGCAGGAGUGACGAGUUGCGUCAGUUGAAAGCAAACAACAUCUUCGCAAUCGGGGACCACAUCAUGCGCAUCUAUGUGGCAGCGGCGAAGAGCGAUGUCUUUGCGUCAGGACAUAAGGCUGCCAUGCCGACACUCUGCAUUCAUGACCUGCUUCGCUGCUGGAUCAAGUUCGCAGGCAACUUCUUCCUAUAUUUCCUUAACCGCGCGUGGGCUUGUACCAACGAGCCGCUUUUGUUUUCUUCCCGAUCGGCAUCAACAAUAUCCUUUCUCGGGGAAAUCCAGCGGGGAAGGAUUUUAUCCGCAAGGCGAUAAGCGAGGCUCUAGGCAGCCACGAACCUCCUUGGACAGUAGGAGGCAUUUCUCUCCGCAAGGCUGGAGCGCAGUUUUUCACGCAUUGGGACUCAUAUCGUAAGUUGGCCUACUUUCAAGGUGGUUGGCGUAGCGCCUCUAUGUUGGACGAGGUAUACGCCCCACCCACUAUUACGGAUGUAGCUCACAGAGUAAACGACGUUGCUGCUCGCGCAUCUGCUGCGUUAAAAACCGAGAAGGCUCUUGAAAAUCUCGAUAAGUACUAUACUCGCAAGGUUUUUGAUAAAAACAAAAUGAAAGGUUGGGCUUUGUCUUUGUCUUUUGAUCACGUUACUGCCGUGGACGUCAGGCGUGCAGCGCCGAACAUGUCGACCGAUAUCACCCUCGACUGCAUCGACCGAGCGACUUUCGGCAAACUAUACGACUUCAUGAAGAGUAGCACGGUCUAGGAAUAUGGAGGCUCUUUCUUCUCACGAGAAACGUCGGGGCAUUUGCCCACGCUCGGUGUAUUCAUUGCAAUGCUACCUGGAUUAUGGUCUUCCGCUCGCCCACAAUGGCAUCCUUCCAUACCUGAACUCUCGUGAUGGGCCGAGAGACAUCUGGCGAGAUUGCGAGGACAUAAAUCAAAAAGCAGUCAAUGGACUGUCGACGAAUAUAGAGGAAUGCACUAGAUGGGGCAUUUCGCCGCUCUUCGUCGAACGCUGGCUCGGUGGCCUACGUUUCGAUGUCAUUGAUGAUGAUUGCGCAAUUUCCCAGUCAGACACUUACGACUCCACAGUUUUGCACGAAGGCGUCUUUGUAUCCGAAGUUUUGCGACUUGUUGAAAUGAAGAAAGUCGCCAUUUACGAUAGCAACGGCCUUGACUUCAAAUUUCGUAGCACCCUCCCCCCAGCGUACCUCAUGGUCGCACCUGCGUCGGUGCUCCUGCAAAAGGGGGGCGAGAAGAUCAGGCUGGUCAGUGAUUGGAGCGCGCCCACCUGCCGACUAAAUCAAUCGAUUUUCUCGACCCCAGUGGACAACGCGUCAUGGUGGGACCUUUUCGCCCUAAUGCGGCCUCGCUGCUUUGUAUCCGGUCUGGACCUCAAAGAUUGCUUCCCCCACUGGUUGCUUCACCCGCAACACAGGCGGUUUUUCGGCCUUGAUCUUCCGUCCAUUGGCAAAAAGGCGACGCGCCUUUUUCUGCCUUUCGGCAUCGCCCCCGCGCCGGGCGACAACGACCUGAAUGUCAAAGAAAUUAUUCGUGUUUGUCAUUCGGCUGGUGUGAAGUCGCAAAUGUUAGAUUACGUCGAUGGUAUCCGUUCUAUCCUUCCAGGUGAGGACUGUCUCUCACGUGAAGAAACUGGCUUGGACCUCCGUAGGCAAUUUUUUCUGAUGACUUCCUUAGGGUGCAAACUCCACCACAAAGAAGGUAAGCGCGUCCCAGCCUCGCAAGUGUUUCCUUGGUUAGGCUUCGAGGCGGAUAGUACCGCUGCCAUGCAAUUGCGGAUCGAGCCGUCUAGAUGUCGCGACUAUCACUAUGUGGAUUCUAUCGGCAAUUUCCUUUGCGCAUACGAAAUCUCGGGCAAAUGCAAAGUCAAGGAUUUAGCCUCGACCAAAGGCAGGCGCGGUUCCUGCACCUUCGUAGUUGACCGAGGUCCCCUCACCUGCAUGCAAGACGACAUCAUGAGCACGGGCGCUCCAAAGCAGUGGCAGCAUAGCAAGCACUUCAACCCAUCGCUCUCGUCGUCUCUUGGCUGCUUAAAGGAAGUCUGUUGGUGGAGAAAAACGCUCGCCAGUAACCCGGCAGCUCCGAUUUUCUACAACGGCAGCCGUUGCUUCAUGUGGCGUGAAGAAGUCAUUGCUUUCGGAGCACAGUUUCUCCGGUCGGUUCCCAGUGGCCUCCUUGUCACCGUUCAUGGCGAUGCUGCAACCUCAUCAGGCUGGCACCGGCUGGGGCGGUUCAGUUGCAGGUCAUCACUUUCAAGGCAUGUUUCCGGAUGAGUGGGCGGCUGCGUCUAUCAACGCGAAGGAAGCCAUCACGCCGGUGCUUCUCCUCUCUGCAUACCGAGACGCUGGGUUUCAAAUCUCUGGGAAGAUCAUAAUGCACUACAGAGAUAACCCAGCAGCAAAAAAGGCCUGUAACAAGGGUGCUUUUUCAUCUGACGAAAUGUCUAGGGCGUCACAUCUGACCCGCUCUUUCGUCGUGGAGAACUGUCUCGAACUAGUGGCGGCUAAAAUCUUUGGGAGCGCGAACCCGAUCGCAGAUUCACUUUCUAGGUUUGACGAUGUUGUUAACGCGAUGCGCGACUCCUUUCCAGACAGGUGCUUGUCGUUGCGUGCUUGGAACAGCGUCUCACUCAAGCUUCCGGGUUUCAACACAAUUGCAAUGGGAUCCGACACGUCUGCCGCCUUUCCCAUUCUUCAGCGCCAGUUCUCAACUCAGGAUCCACCUUUCCAGAAUGUGCCGCAUCUGCUUCACAGCAAGCGUUGGUGGUUCCCGCCAGUCCCCCUCGUGUGCGCGUCGUUGAAGUUCCUCGACAAGCUUGCCACAAACGUUCCGGAAAAAUGCAGACCGCGCUUCGCCAUCCUCGUGCCUCUUUUGAACGGUCAACUCCUCCCGCUUUGCUCCCAGUUGUUCCGUCAGAACGCACUCAAGUCGGGCACUAAGUUGUUUCGAGUUGGUACCGACAAACGUGAACUGGCUGCUGAUACGGAAUACUACGUCUACUCCUCUGCCCCGUUUCAAAUUUGGAAUUCGCCUUACAGCCCUCCCAGUCACCUCCUGCCCCAGAUGAAAUUGCUAUUACGAAGUGCCAGACUCAAAGCCACCUCCAACCUCAUCGACCGUGUUAUCAUCGGCGACGUCGCAUCCUCACCAGACGACGCGAUCAUACAUAUCUGCUGCUGCGUUCCGGUGCAGCCUAAGGGCGUUGCUGCGUCCGUCUUCCGUGCGCACCCUUACGCCUCGAAAUACAAGCCUCCGCCCAGUGCAAAACCUUUCGGUGACUUUGAACCUAUUGGGAAAAUUUUGAACAUUUACGCAAUGUUUUUUCCGGGUCCACCGCGACCCCACCCAGAAAAAACUCAUGUCAUUGAUUCACAUGCUUCCCGGUUAUCUUACUUUUCGUCCUGUAUGGACCGUCUUCCACUUCACGUCGCUCGGUCUGGGCUCACCACAGUAUCACUCCCUCUUGACAUUGGCGCAGGAUUUUGCGGGGGCCGCGUAGUUGACUACGCGCAAGUAUUGGGCAGAUUUGUCUCCAAAUGUUGCCCUUUGAAUAUUCGCGUCCCAUUUUAUCAGUCUCCAGCCAGUCGCUGACCGUUCAUCUAUGUUGCUUAUUUUGCCUCUAUCACACUCGAGAAGCACUUUUCGGCUUUCUCGUGUGAGUGUUCCGCUGGUAGGCUAGUCUGUUGUGCCGACCUACCAGCAAAAUAGUUAUCGCCCUUUACUGACUGCGCCUUAGUUGUCGUCUCAGUCACUGUUAUGCAAGGACGUUGUAGGUGUUCGUCAUAACUGAUUGGGGCGAUAACAAGUGCUGGCAUCGGUUUUACUUCAUAUGUCGGAUUCUUAUCGAGGGGGCCGCGCAUCCUACACGCGGUGCACGUGAUGGCCACACGUGUAUAUCGUUAUCGCUAUCGCUAUCGCUUUCACUAUCGCGCUUUCGAAUAUCUCCUAUCCUUUCUGUAUCGCUAUCGCUUUCGUCUUGUCUCCUUUAGAAAAAACAAACCCACCCUCCUCUCCCUCUCGUUUCGGUCUCGCAACACCUCGUCCUCCAGCGGAGCACUCUUUCCUUUGCCUCUAUCACACUCGAGAAGCACUUUUCGGCUUUCUCGUGUGAGUGUUCCGCUGGUAGGCUAGUCUGUUGUGCCGACCUACCAGCAAAAUAGUUAUCGCCCUUUACUGACUGCGCCUUAGUUGCCGUCUCAAUAAAGCAUGGGCAGAAUCCUGUGAUUGAGCCCUUCACCGGAAAAACCAAGUUGAUGGCGCCAAUUGGCACUUCUGCCGAGCCGGACUGGGUACUGUGGGAUUCAGACUGGUUGAGAUCUGUGGAAACGAUGCCACAGUUCGCACAGGCUGAAGGCUUCUUCGUCAUCUCAGCAGCACAGCAGAGAGCGCUCUGUGCGAUGGCCGACGCCUCCGAUGCACGUUUCGAGAUCAAGGAGGUGGCGCCGUUUUUACCGGAUGGGUCACACAAUCUCGGAGCGCCGCCAGGUUUUUCGCGAGCUUGGGACAUAAUGCCGAAGCGUCCAGAGCUCCCCGAUGAAGGUAGGCCAAGUCUCAAACUCAAUCUCCACAGCGGUGCACCACUGCUGCUGCCUGGACCGAACAAGUCGGACAAGAGCGGGGCGAGCGCUGUUUCGUUCUGGGUGCCAGAGAAAGGCACCGCAGAAAAGCGUGGCGCACAUCAAUAUCCCUGGUGCCCUACAAUGUCGUCGUCCGUCAUUUUCAUGGCGCAGAUACAAAGAGACGACUUGCAUACUCCGACCAAGGCAGGCGCAGGAUGUGGCCAACAUGAUGCUGUCGAGCCGGAAUGGGUUGUGUGGACGCCGCCUCCCACAACUGCUACAGUGGACGCGGAGGCUCCGCGGUUCUCAACCGAGGGUAGCAGCGGCAUCAUCAUCUCAGCAGCACAAAUGCGCGCAGUCCUUGAGCAUGCCGGUGCCAUGAGUGGUGACGCACAGUCCCCGGUCACGGAGAUAGGAUCAGGAGAACCCGGAUUUUCUGGAGCUGCAACAGGAAGUGGUGGGCAAUCAUCGCCAUCGUCGUCACAGCCUCCACCUUCUCCUCCUACACUAGCCGGGUCUGCUAGUAGUGAAAAUAGAGAUACUCAUCCGUCCGAGUCCGGAAGCAGAGCAAGUGGUUCACCUAGCGGACCGCCACCAGGGUCCUCGCAAAGGUCGGAUAGUCACAUUGAGAAAAGGCCAGAAGUUGAAGCGGGUACACAACUAAAGUGGAGGAGGAACAAUAAUGCACGCGAGAACCGCCUAGUAGUGCUGCUUUCUCAACGCGCCGUCGCCAACAGUGGCAAAUUGUCGUCGUCUGGUCGUGAGAAUGAGUUGCCUAUUAAUAGCGAGGGUAUAACUACGACAGCCAAUACUGUAACAGUUGCGAAAAUAGUCGGCGAAGCAGAAAAAUGGCUUCUGUGGACUGAAGGCGGUGAGGACCAAGAGAAGCCCGACUUCUACAUCAUCUCGUCAGAACAGAAGAACGCGAUACAUGGGACCAUAGUGUAUCUCGACUGCUGGACAAAAGUGGAGAUGCAAAAAGAAGGACCGCAAUUAUCAUCAUCGUCAUCAUUAUCAUCGCCACCACCUUCGUCACCACCUUCGUCAGCCGGGUCUUCUAGUGGCGGAGCAAGAGCUGGGCCACCUAGUGCAGGAGCAGCUGAGGCACCCAAUGCCGGAACAACUGAGCGAACCAGUGUAGGAGCAGCUGCCAAGUCACUGAAAGGGUUCUCGAAGACGUGGGGCGGGGACGCUAUGGAAAAGCCAAGAGUAGAAGUAGAGGUUGAAGAACUAGUACGGACACGAGGAGAACACAAUGCGCAGCUGCUUUCACGAGCCGACCUCGACAGAAGUGGACCUAUCUACACUGCUGCGCAACGUACUGAGCAUGACCGUGGGGAGAAGAAGUUUUUCAUCUAUGUUGACGAUCCCACACGACCGCUGAGCAUGACGGGAGCCACAACAAUCCGAAUGGCGAAAAUAGCCAAAAGUUGCACUACAGGAGCAGGAAAUGGAGAGGAAGUAAAUGAAUGGCUUCUGUGGGAUGCCCACAAGCCCGAGUUCCACAUCAUCUCGUCGGACCAUCGAGAGUGCAUACUCAGGAAUACAAAGCCCUGGAAAAAAGUGGCGAUACAACAAGGAACAAGCAGUGGCCCGCAAUCUUCAUCACCGCCAUCACUAUCAUCAUCAUCAUCACCUCGGCAGCAACAAGGACCUGAUCCAAAACCCCAACAGGAGCCGGGCAAGGCGGGACUCUGGAGAAAGUGGGAGAUUUCGCCAAGGCCCCCAACGUUAGAAGGCAAUAAGUAUGCGCAUGAGGAACUGAGGUGGGUUCGUAGCUAUAGUCAGAAUGGUAGUUAAGGCUUAGAGUAUUUCAUCUUAAGAAGCGUCUUUGAUUGCUUUCCUAAGGGGGAAGUACGUCAGAGAUGCUCUUCCAGAUGAAUAAAAGUACGCUCUAAGGUCAGCUUGGCAAACGUGAGCCACUGCCAGGCAAGUUUGGCUACUACAGGGGGACACGCCCGCCGAUAAAAAUCACCUUGUUUCGUGACAUGGAACUUACGCUGGACACCCGUGACGAAAACCCCAUGAUGCUGGCGCCACUGCAAAUAGACGACACGCAUAGGCGUGAAGACUUCGAACCGGAAUGGGCUCUGUGGAAGCGAGGGGCCGACCCAAACCGACCUGCGCAAUUUUCGGAAGCGGAUGUCUUCUACAUCAUCUCAGCUGAACACAUGAAAGCGGUGAGAUACAGAGUCGAUCGCCGUUACACGGACGCGGCCAAGCACAGGUAUGCGCUCGACCAGAUUUUGCACUUCUCUCAUACGGUUUCGUCGGAAGAUAGUGCUAGAAGUAUCGCGCAAGCGAAAAAUGAUGGUUCUAGUAGUGCUACUAGUAGAGAACCGCAGGGACCAAGUACUGAUAAUGAAUGGGCAAAACCAGAUCCUCCGAAAUAUUCUAGUGACGGGCCUCCACCUGGUCCCGGAGUACGACCAGGCACUGCUAGUCCACGGCGACCUCCUUGGCCACAACAAGAAGAAGAACAUCAUGGACGAUCAUUUGCUGGUCGUGCUGAUCCAGGAGCAGGUGGAGGACCGCAGCGACCAACUACUGCUAGUGGAGGAGAACGAAGUGGAGAGCCAAGCACUUCGCGGCAAACUACUCGAGGACCAGACAAUGGGCCCAGUGCUGCCAAAACACCAGAGGCCCCAUCUGGUAGAAGAAGAAGACACAACUAUCCUGGCGCACCUGGAAGUAGUAGAGAAGCCGCUUCUGGCCAAACUAGUGGAGGAACCGCUUCUGGCCAUCAUAGUGGUGGUGGAGGAACCGCUACUGGCCCACCUAGUGGUGGUGGAGAAACCGCUUCUGGCCAACGUACUGGUGGUGAAGGAAACGCUUCUGGCCAACGUAGUGGAGGAAACCCUUCUGACAAACGUAGUGGUGGUGGAGGAAACGCUUCUGGCCAACCUAGUGGUGGUGGAGGAAACGCUUCUGACAAACGUAGUGGUGGUGGAGGAAACGCUUCUGGCCAACGUCGUGGAGGAAAAGCUUCGGGGUCGGAAACGUCUGGGUCUAGUGCAGGAUCAGCCGAGCAACAGAAAGGCAAUGGAUCUGCAGGUACUAGUGAAACUAUCUAAUCGCAGAAAUAUAAAUGACCUAAAAAAUCGCAUUGCAAUAAAUAUUCAUUAUUCUUGGCCCCCCUUGUCCAUUUUCAGCGGAAAAACCCCAGUCGCGCGACCCGGCAAACUUUGGCCGCUUUUCAGUCGCUAAACUUGGUCGCGGCGCCCCUUUUUCGUGCUGUUUACUGGUUCCGCAGUGCUGCUUUCUGAACGAACCGGCAGGCGGAACGCGGAAACGUCUCGCACGCAGCCGGCUUUGGGGUGCUCUUUGGUUUUUCAGCUCUAAGUUCGAAGCCCUAGCCGAGUCCCAAAGGCGGCUGGCGUCUAGUGAGCCUCCCCUCGGUGAGUAAAUCUUAGCAUCGAGAGAAGCCGCUCCCGCCCGAGCCGCGGCCAGCUCGCUUCGGAGCGUGGCGGACGUCAGGGGCCUCGGGGUUUCUGAAAGCCUCGGGCAGUCUCAAAAACCAGUGGUUUUUCAGCCUUUUCUCGGUUGGCUGACCGGGGAAAGGUCUCAAAAACCAGUGGUUUUUGGGCCCAGCUAAGAUCUUGAGAAGUUCUGAAAAUCGUGAGGGGUCUGAAAAACCCCUGGUUUUUGAGACGGCGCUGAACUUUCAGAAAUCGCCUGAUUCUGAAAAUAUUCAGCCGGCUGAAAAACGACGGGUCUUUCAGCGGGAGGGGAUCCCCCAGGAGUCGCGCGAUUUCUGAAAGCUUCUGACGGGCUCCAAAGCCGCACGCUUUUCGGCCCCGCCUUUUUAGUAGGUGCAUCAAGAAGGGCGCGACAGAGGCUGCGGGCCUUUGAGAAAGCGCCGGGCUUUCAGCAGUCGCUCGGCCUCAGAAGUCGGGCGCUGCCCAUUGAGCCUCUCGCGGUUUUUCACCUUCGCCGCCCUUGUUCUAUUGCUGCUUGGGGCCUGAUUCGUUGGUAGGCGUGCGAGAGGGGUCCGCGCCGUGCUUCUUGGGAGGUGAAUGUGCCCGCUUUUCGUCCCAAAAGCUUGACUGGGAAUCUUCCACUCAAUCUGGGGGCCAUUCUGAGAGUCAUGUAAAUACUCUUCAACUUCAACAUAUUCGUCUCAGAUUCAGAAAAGUCAGAAGUUCUUCGAGUGCUCCACUUGUUUACUUGAAUGCGAUUUUUUCAGCUCUUGGGCCGCCCCCGUGCGAGCUAGAAUCAGUGAACACGCCGGAUAAAAGGCAAAUAAAGCUUGACGGCAUACCCAAAGAUGCGUGCGACAAUUUCAAAAAAUAUGGCGCCACUCAUUGAAAACAAGGGUAGGGGAAGACUGUCGGUCCACCUGACAAGUGAGAAGAGCCCAAAAAAGGGGAACGGCCUUCCCCUAUUAUAACAUUUUCAAUAAGGGGAAGCAUUCUUCAAGGAGUUGUCCUCGAAGGGCUCCGAAAGGCUUAUGCAAGGCUUUUCCUUCAAUUUAGAUUAAUGACAGUGCAAGUCUAUUUAUUUCAUAUUCAUACAUAUUUAUUAACUGUACUGGUUUGAACCUACAGCUUCGCGCAGUUGUCAGUCACAGCAUUACCAUCUUCGUUUUCGCUGUCUUCAUAUCAACCCUCGCCAUCUAAAGUCUACUUGUAUCAUUUUCCUUCUCCCAUGAAGAUAAAGGCAACGAGAACUAAAAAUAUGACACAGAAUUAUGCUGAGAAGAUGGAAGCAUAAUGGCUUCAGGAUUUGUAUAGACUCACUACACCUCUGGGCUAAUAUCCCUUCGCGCAAUGUAGAGUAUGGCCAAGGCAACUUUUCUAAGUAGCAGAAGGGGAGGAUCAACGACGGAAGCUGUUCAAGCACGCACUGCUUCGCUAUCACCCGGACAAGCAGUCGAACCAAGAGACGAUAGCGUGGACGACUCCGCUGUUUCGAUUUUUGAUAGAUGAAUGCAAGCCACCCGAUAAGAAAUAAGGAGAAUAGGAGGUAGAAAAAGGAGGAUAAUACGAGGUGGGAACAUGUCAUCGGCGAAGAGGUCGCGGAGGUGGAGAAAAGGCAUGAAUACAAGUAGGCGUUAGGAGAUCACAUUGACGAAGCAGCAUCUUCCAAGAAGUUGUAGCAAGUUUUUACCAUUGUACAGAUUGAAACAGGCUGAGGCUGUGCGAAACAUCAAAAGCAACUUCCUUAUUUUUCAUUACAGUGCUGUCUUGCCUGUGUCGUCGGUUUUAAUAUUAUAACAACCGUUAGACUUUCAUCAGAGGACUAUUAUUUUUCAUUACAACAAACCAACAUAUUAACAGAAUUACAACAAUACGACAGAUGCGCUUUUAGCAAAACAGAUGAGGGCAGACGAUUUGUAAAAGUUUCAGAAAGACUAGGCAAACACUUUUUUCGCAAAACAAGCCGCGGCUCACGCUCGUCCACUGGAUAGCAUAAACAAAAGUGAGCCUGUAUAGAUAUCUCGUCAUGGUCAACAGCAGCUGCCACUGUAUAUAUUUAUAAGGAGCAGGCGCAUGGAAUGAGAAGAAGAAGCAGUAAUAAUAGUUGUUGUAGACUGCAUCGACCAACAUAGAUAAUGUACCUGUACCUUACUUCGGGACGUCGAAGACGAUCACAACUAGAGAGCAAUACUGGCGCGAUGUUGUAGUCGAAGAUCUGGGAGCUUCGUAGGCGUGCCAAAGAAAAGGACAACUUUCUUUAAAUGUUCAUCUUAGGAGACUCGCGUCCUGGUCGUGUAUCAUCAGGAGUACUCAUGAAUGAAUCCGCUUUCUUCUCGCUCUCGGAAGUGACAAGAACAUCGG